AUGUGCUGCUCUCCCAUCGAGUUUUGGGUGCAUUCUGUUCCCAGGUGGGUUUCUCAAGGAUUGCCCCCAGAUGAGCUGUCUGUCCAGAAUGGCAUCCUGACGACGUAUUCCAGCCGCUUCCCGCUCUGUAUUGACCCGCAGCAGCAGGCAUUGCAUUGGAUUAAGAAGAAAGAAGAAAAGAAUGAUCUGAGGAUGGCUUCCUUUAAUGACCCAGAUUUCCUGAAACAACUAGAACAGGCUAUAAAGUAUGGAACCCCUUUCCUGGUGCACAGUGUUGAUGAAUACAUCGACCCUGUGAUAGACAAUGUCUUAGAGAAGAAUGUCAAAGUUUCACAGGGGCGAGCAUUCAUUGUCCUGGGGGACAAAGAGAUUGACUAUGACAGUAACUUUAAAAUGUACCUGAACACCAAGUUAGCAAACCCAAAGUAUUCUCCCUCUGUGUUUGGCAGAGCUAUUGUUAUCAAUUAUACAGUUACACUCAAGGGCCUAGAGGAUCAGCUGCUCAGUGUCAUUACGGGUUUUGAAAGGAGAGAAUUGGAAGAACAGAGAGAACGUCUCAUCCAGGAGACAAGUGAAAACAAAAACCUGCUGAAAAAUCUGGAAGACACUCUCCUUCAUGGACUGUCAACUUCCACAGGAAACAUGUUGGACAAUGUGGAAUUGGUGGAAACCUUGGAAGAGACAAAAUUCAAAGCUACUGAGGUACCAGCUCUGGGCCAUUUGGAAGG